UUCCCACAUUGCAGUGCGAAUUUGCGUCAUCACCGCGCGUCGGUAGUUGUUUUGAACCGUUGGGUGGAAGAUUCGACGCGGCUCGUGGAAGAAGUGUUUUUAAUGUGAACGCCUUGUACCAAAGCACCUCAUUUCCGCCGUUUAGAUGUUUAUGCCAAGAGCGCUGAAGGUAAAGAGACCUGCCCAGGGACCAGCCCAUGGCUUGAAUAAGAAGAGCAAGGCUGAACAAGAGGAUCGCGACCAAGACGACCCGCAGGCAUCUUCACGAUCAGAGGAACCACGCGAAGACCCAAAAACGCCUGAAGACACAGGUGAACAUCUGACAGAGAGAGCAACAUGUGCAUCUGGAGCCCAGUCCUCAGAUGACGAUGAUGAUGAUGAUGAAGAAGAAGAGCCAGUCAAGUCUUUCAGAAAGAGCCAGAGAUGGCCCGAGCCUGGAGAACCUGUGUGCGUGAUGUGCGGCCGCUAUGGGGAGUACAUAUGCGAUGCCACUGAUAAUGACGUCUGCAGUCUUGAAUGCAAAGCCAACCACUUACUCCAGAUGGGGAUCAGAGCUGGGGAUCAUGCCUUUGACGUCAAGGACGAAAACACCGAGAACAGGACCCCCGAAGCUCGCCCCCCGGCAGCGAACACGGGGGCAAACGAAGCAGGCUAUUCCUACAGGGAAGACCCGUUCAUAUCCGGCCUCGCCGACGAACAGGUGGAGCGAAUCAGAUCGGAGCUUGGCAUUAAAGCCGAGGGGAGAGACGUCAGAAGGCCCAUCGUCGAGUUCGAACACUGCGGCUUCCCGCCGGCGUUGAGCGGCAACCUGAAAAAGGCCGGUUACGAGGCGCCCACGCCGGUCCAGAUGCAGAUGGUGCCUGUUGGCCUCACCGGCAGGGAUGUGAUCGCCAGCGCUGACACUGGGUCGGGGAAGACCGUCGCUUUCCUGCUGCCUGUGGUUGUGAGAGCCCUGGAGGGGGCAGCUCACGGCGUGCGCAGCCCAUUGGCUCUGGUCCUGACUCCCACCAGAGAGCUGGCCAUACAGAUAGAGAGACAGGCCAAGGAGCUGGUGAUGAGAAUCCCUAACAUGAGAACGGCACUGCUUGUGGGAGGGAUGCCUCUUCCUCCGCAGCUGCACCGCCUCAAGAGCAGCAUCAAAAUUGUUAUCGCCACGCCUGGGAGGCUCAUUGAAAUCCUGAAGCAGAAAGAACUUCAACUUGACAAAGUAAAGAUCUUGGUGGUUGACGAGGUUGACACCAUGUUGAAGAUGGGCUUCCAGCAGCAGGUGCUGGAGGUUCUGGAGCACGUCCCAGAGGAGCACCAGACCCUGCUGGCCUCGGCCACCAUCCCGGAAGGGACAGAGGAGCUGGCCGCCCGGCUAGUCCGCGACCCCGUGCGCAUUGCCAUCGGCGAGAAGAACCAGCCGUGCGCCAACGUCAGGCAGAUCCUGCUGUGGGUGGAGGAGCCCUCUAAGAAGAAGAAGCUGUUUGAAAUCCUUAACGAUAACAAACUGUUCCAGCCUCCGGUCGUGGUGUUUGUGGACUGUAAGCUGGGCGCCGAUCUCCUGUGCGAGGCAGUUGCCAAGGUGACGGGCCUAACCACUGUGGCCAUCCACUCUGACAAGAACCAGAGGGAGCGCAACCGCAUCCUUAAGGGUCUUCUGGAUGGAGACUUUGAAGUGGUGAUCAGUACGGGCGUGCUGGGCAGAGGACUCGACCUCGUCAACGUGAGAUUGGUGGUUAACUUCGACAUGCCGAACACGAUGGACGAGUAUGUGCACCAGGUGGGGAGGGCCGGAAGGCUGGGCCACAGAGGAACAGCCAUCACCUUCCUGAACAACAACAACAAACGGCUGUUCCUGGAGGUGGUGAACAGGGUUAAACCCACCGGGUCCAUCCUGCCCCCUCAGCUCCUAAACUCGCCACACCUCUAUGAACAACAGAAGAGGGAACGUCAGAAGACCAAGAUGCGACCCGACGACACUCUGGUUACUAAAAACAACCUCUUAGACAUCAUAAAGAAACAUGACCGUCGGAAGAAGUAGCACUGGGACUUUCUGUUUAUUAUGAAGAUAUUAAAUGGUUAGUUUGUGUAUUGUUUCAUAAAUAAAAAUGGAUAUCAAAGAUAAA